AUGGGCAAAACGUCGCUCCCUACUAGCCGCGAUUCCAUUCACUCGGCGUCCUCUCAGGAAACUACAGGAGAAGACAGCUGUAGACAACGUUCCAUUGAUGGAUCAAUGGCUGUGGAAUCCAAGCCGCAGACAGGAGUUUCACGAACAGAAACCAACCAAGACAUCAAAACUGCAAACACUGAGUCAUCAUCAGUAUCAGCAGCCGCAGAUCCCGCUAGGAAUCAUCAGCAUGGCAAAGCGAGCGAAUCUUCGUUGGAUAGUAUCGUAAACGAAGCCAAUCAAGGCCAUGAGCAACUUCUCACCCCGACUGUUGUAGUGGACAUGCCUUCGGAGAAACCAAGAACAAACCAAACGCUGUCAGAGCAACGGAGUGUGACACCUAGCGACUUUUCAAAUGCAGGCUCCGCUACUUUGACCAAUUCGGCGUCACCGAAUCCCCAAACAAUUGUUCAACAACAUCUCGAGAAACCGCCACCGGCUCCAAAAAUCCAGCAGAAUCAAAAUCCACCACAAUCGACAGUAGGACAACCAGAGGGACUACGUCCCUCGCCAACGGCACCAGCCAAAUCGGCCCCGCAGCAUCAUGGAAAGCCAUUUUCACAACAAGCUACACAGCCUGAUGCUCAACAACCCAAGGAACGCAGUGGUAGUCGAUUUACGAUAACACCAGUAACGUCAGCACCGCAAGGGCCUGCACAGACACCACCCAUUCAGCAUCCACAAAGUCGGCGGCCAUCUCUAGCGACGUCAACGGCUUCUACGCAGCACUCGGUGCAAAGUGCGCAGCAGCAAUAUGCUGAUGCAUCACAAUCGCAGUCGGUGCCAAGUACGGUGACGCAAACUGGUCAGGAACAACACCAGCAACAACACCAGCAACAACAACAACAACACCACCAGCAACACCACCAGCAACAGCAACACCAGCAGCAGCAACAAUAUCAACAACAUCAACAGCCGCAACAACACCAUCACCAACAGCAUCAACAGCAACAACAACAACACCAUCACCAACAGCAUGCUCAAGGCAAUACAAUAGGAUCGCAGCACUCUAAUUUUUCUCAGCUAUCUCAGUCACAAACCAGUCAAGACCAACAAUCACAGCAAGAACCAGUCGAAACACUUGCGCCGCUCCCUUCAACGCCAGCAUCCGUUCCUACGAGGAUACAGCAGCCACAAGCAAUGAAACAUCGAUCAAUUUCUGUACCAUGCGCACCACAACCAUAUCCCGGAGAAGUAGGUCGUUCACAAUCCGGACCAGAUUCACAGACGACAUAUUACUACCAGAUUCCUGGAGUGAUACCAGUGCAGACGAUACAGAAAACAAGUACUAGGGGCGGGGGACAGCCUCAAGAGCAAAUCAUUGGCACGGUAGGAGCAAUUCCACUAAUGAAGGUUCAAGAUGGGCUACGAUAUGUGAAGAAGGGUCGAUUCAAGUUGUUUCAGCAGACGGCUCCAGCACCAGCACCAGCACAAGCUGUCGUUCCGGGGCCUCCAGAAAGCGUUCCAGCAGUGGUUGUUACUCAGCCAUUGGUACCGCCCGCUCCCAUUGUCGCUGCAACUGAGGAGAUAGUAUCUCCCAAAUUGGCACAAGCUUCGUCAGGAGCAGCUCCUGUAGCGACGCCGUCACCAGCAGCGCAAAGUCAGGAACCGAAAGCAGCCGGUGAGCAGAACGCGACUGGAGCAAAUGGGAACUCGACUCCACUUCCAGAGACUCUUGAUGGAUCCAGCGUUCCGACCGUCACGAAGAAGGGUCGCUUUUUGGUCAGCAAAGUGAACAAUGUGCGAACCAUGAUUCCUGCGCAAAAUGUGGCGGUUCCGGGAGCGCCAGUGGAAGCAGUUCCUCCUCCGCAAUCUCUACAUUUGCCAACCAUGAUGCAGCCAGCAGUGAACCAACCACAGACUCAGUCAGUGAUCGCACCGGUUCAGCAUGUGGCUCCACCUGUCGUCCAGACUACCAUGGUUCAGCAGGUUCAGCAAGUUCAGCAAACGCACUUCGAAGCAGUGCCUGGGUCACAUCAGGUUCAGCAGGUUCAGCAAACACACUUCGAAGCAGUGCCUGGAUCAGCUGUCCCUGUUGGAUCGAAUUGGACUGCAUCUCCUUUUUUCUCACUACAAUCGACAGCAGUCAUAACUGAACCUUAUGCAGCCAGUCCUCAUCCUUCCCAGCAACAGCAGAAUCAACAGGUACAGUCCCAUCGAAUGACUCCUGUGCCGCAGGGAAUUCCAGAGGCCAAUGCCACUACUUCUCAGACACAUGUGACAUCGAAUACUCAAACUAGCACUCCGCCACAGACACCUAAUAUGCAACUUGCUGCAUCUACUUCCUUGACUCAGGAAUCAACGAGAAGGUCAAUGCAGGCAAAGGCACUUCCUGAGAUUCCAAAAGGCACAGAAAAGGCUAGAAUGGCACCAACAGUCCCCAAGAAGAAAGCUCUGGCAAGAGCAGGUCCCCAUGCGCUGGAUAGGGGUGGAAAGUUGAGUUUGGGAAAGCUAAGCUAUCUAUUGGACCAAAUGAAGUCGGAAGUUACAGAUGCGGAUCUGUUGAUUAGAACUCUACAAACAGAUUUGAAACUUAUGCGGGACAAGAAUAAAGCGCUUGAGGCAAAGAAUCGGGAUCUCGACAAGAGUCUGAAGGAGGAGAAAGGACUCAGAGAAAAGGCCGAAGCGCGGAAUAUUGAACUGCGAAAAAAGAUGAGGGAAGCAAAUAUUAUGCCUGGAACAAAUGGACAGAAGCCUUUGGAUCAAACGGUGGAUAGUUCUGCGACAAGCGCAUCAGCCAAGACCAAAGCAGAUGGUGUAGCUAUCACGAAAGCCAAAGCUCCAAAAGCCGCAGUUGCUGCCACUGGGCCAAAGGCACCUACAGCCUCAGAAGCAAUUGCUUCUUCAAACCCCAAACGCGAUCCUACAGCUGCGCCGCCUGCAGCAAUUGCUGAGAAAAAGUGCCAGCCGCAGCCUCCUGUUGGAGAGAAUAAGGUCGACCGUCCUGCAACAAAUGGUGUAUCAAUACCGGCAACACAAAAUCCUGCUUCUAGCACCAUUUCACUUGGCAGAGAACAAGGUAAAGAACAAUUCAAACGAGCUGUUGCAAAUGGAUGGCAUGCCCGAUCCAACAGUCUUGGGAAUGCUGGUGAUGCCUUCCUUCAGCAAGUCACAGCGGAUUUUGGGAAUACAAGCCCUGCAAAACCAAAGGGAGGAGCCCAACACUUAUCAAGAAUGGAGUCAGUAGGUGCGGUCAAUGGAGCUGCUCCAACUCCCAUUCCAGCCGCUGCCAAGCCAGUAGCUCGAGGGGCCCUGAAGCCGCCUUGCGUCAAAGCCUUUGAUCCAUUGCACCAGAACCAACCAGCUACAAAUAUUACUGGCGACAUGGUUCCUGUCAUGAUUCCAACACAAGUGUCGCUUGUGAACGCAGAUUCACCUGUUUUCCAAGACCCCCAUGAUCCAGCAGCGUACCAACAGAGAACAACCGGAUUGCAACAACAGUAUGAGCAGAACCAGUUUGUUCAAGAAAACAACAUAGUUGUUCCCAUAACAUUUGGGAUGGCCUCGACGAUGGAUCAAGCGAAUAUGGAGAACGGAAUGCAGCAUCAGGAUAUCAAUCAGGACCUUCGCAACUUGCAGCAACAGUUUAUGGUUCUUCCACAACAACAGCCUAUCAUGGUUCAUCAAGUGCCAGGCGGAGUACAGCAAGUGCAAAACUUGAUAGCUGGGCAGAUGCCUCAAACAUUCACAAGCAAUGGAAACACUUUUCCAUCAUAUGGACAACCGAUGAUGCAGCAGCAGUCUGAACAGCAGCAGCCUCAACUCUUCUACUCGAUUGAUUCUUUUGAUCCCCUAAAAUAA